GUUCUCAUGCACAACAAGACGGAGCCUACACGUACUACGAUUCUGCGAGGGUAUUGAUAUUCCUUGUUUCGUCUUCCCUACCCCAACCACCAUCUUAAUAAUUGCGCCCGCCCAUUCAGAGACAACAACUCUUUAUCCUAAUUUCCAAUUUCUCCGCGCCCGUAUAUACAUGCGUGAUAGGGGCCGGAGCACCACCAGCGCCGUCGACCCGACCUCUUCCUCCGACUAUACCUCGCACCGCUCGCUGUUUCUGCCGCCGACGAUCGACCUCGCGCUCCAUAUUGUUUCUCGCCGGGAGAGACGAGCCCACGAACCAACCGACAGAAAGAGGCUCGCCGAGGGAGCCCGCAUACGAAGACGCGACUUUGAGGAUUACGACCCGCCUGUCGUCGACCGAUCCGUGUCUUGCCAGCGCUACUGAUCUGAGCUGCCCCUGAGCAGCCGGGGGGCCACACCUGACCAAGAUGGAUCACAAAUGGGUUACCGUCCAGCAGAAGACCUUCACCAAAUGGAUGAAUACUAAGAUCGCCGGGAGGGGUCUGGUGGUGAAAGACCUGGUGGUCGAUUUGAGUGAUGCUGUCCUCCUAAUACAUUUAUUAGAAUGUCUGUCAUGUGAGUCGUUAGGCCGAUAUGCUGCGAAACCGAAGCUCCGAGUUCAGAAGUUCGAAAAUGCCAACACGGCGCUCAACUUCAUCAAGUCGCGAGGCAUUCAGAUGACCAACAUCGGCGCAGAGGAUGUGGUCGACGGCAAUCGCAAGAUCAUCCUAGGAUUAAUCUGGACCCUCAUUCUCAGAUUUACCAUCAGCGAUAUCAACGAAGAGGGCAUGACGGCCAAGGAGGGUCUCCUAUUGUGGUGCCAACGCAAGACAGCAUGCUACGACGAGGUCGACGUCCGCGACUUCAGCACCAGUUGGAACGACGGACUCGCCUUCUGCGCGCUGCUAGACAUACACCGGCCCGACCUGAUCGACUACGACGCGCUAGACAAGUCGGACCACCGAGGCAACAUGCAGCUGGCCUUCGAGAUCGCUCAUAAGGAGAUCGGCAUCCCGGACCUGUUGGAUGUCGAGGAUGUGUGCGACGUCGCGAAGCCCGACGAGAGGAGUUUGAUGACAUAUAUCGCCUACUGGUUCCACGCCUUCUCGCAGAUGGAAAAGGUUGAGAACGCCGGCCGGCGUGUCGAGAAGUUCGUGAACAACAUGCAAGGGGCCUGGGAGAUGCAGAGCGCCUACGAGAGGAGGGUGGCCGCGUUGCAGCAACAGAUAAGGGAGCAAAUAGAAAAAUGGCAGCAGGCGACUUUCGAGGGCACGUACGUCGACGCGAAGAAGCAAGCCGGCGAGUUUGCGUCGUAUAAAAGAGGCAAGAAGCGAGAUUGGGUCGCCGAGAAGAGCGAUCUCGCCACGUUGCUGGGAAACAUCAAGACGAAGCUGGGCACCUACCGACUCCGGGCGUAUGAGCCUCCCCCAGAGCUGUCGCUGGAGGCCAUGGACAGGGAGUGGGCCAAGUUGACGAAGGCCGAGAUGAUGCGUGGCCAGCUCAUCAACGAGACCAUUCGAGACAUCAAGAACGCCCUCCGCAAAUCAUUUGCCGACAAGGCGAACGACUUCGCGCUCGCUCUCAACACGAUGCAGAUUGCCAUUUCGGGCCUCGAGGGCGACGUGGAGGACCAGCUGCUGCACGUGCGACGGCUGAGCGACAGCCUGCCGCCGCUCGACGCGUACCUGGAGAAGAUCGCGGCAGUCGACGCCAAGUGCCAGGAGGCGAACAUCGAGGAGAAUGACUUCACGACGUACACGUACGACGAGCUGUCGUACGAGCUCGGGCUGGUGAAGACGUCGGUGCAGAAGAAGCUGGCCUUCCUCGAGAACCAGAUGGUGGCGCGCAGCAUGACGAACCUGACGCCGAUCCAGCUCGAGGAGUUCGAGUCGGUGUUCCGGCACUUCGACCGCAACGACACCAACUCGCUGUCGGAGCUCGAGUUCUCGGCGGCGCUCGCGUCGCUCGGGCUCGUCUUCAGCGAGGACGAGAUGCACGACUACUUCGUCGAGACGUCGCGGGGGCGCGACUGCGUCACGUUCGAGCAGUUCAUCCGCUUCAUGGUGGACGUGACCGAGGACCAGAACACGGCCGAGCAGGUCUUCCAGUCCUUCCGCGAGGUCGCCGACGGCAAGCCCUACGUCACCGAGAUGGACCUGCGCCACUCGCUCGUGCCCGACGAGGUCAUCGAGAAGCUGUGCGAGAUCGUCCCCAAGCACACCGGGCCCGACAUGGCCCAGGACCGCGGCAUGCCCCAAUACGACUACAUCAGCUUCAUGGAAAACCUCAUCUCCGGCCCGCGAGGCGCCGCGGCGACGGCCGGACCGGGCCCCCGCACCGACAACCCCAAAAAUCAUGCCACGAACGGACCCCCUAGCCCUACUAAGAGCACUAACGGCUACCACUGACGCGUGGCUCUACCAUUUAUUACCAACCCCCCUUUCCCUCCCCGCCUCCCCUAAAACCUAACUUUAACUUACCUAAAUUUGUCUCCUGUCACGGAAAGGUCUGCGUGUAUGUGAGUGUGCGUGUUCGUGUUGUAAUGUGUGUAUGCCAGCGCGCGAUUCCAUUGUCGGCGUGGGACCGGGGUGCGGCUCCGACUGGCCGAUCCGCACUUCUUCUACCCCCUUGUCUCCCCUCCCCCGGCCCCCUCCCUCGCGUCUCUUCCGCUCCGGGGCUGGGGGGGGGGGAGAACGGGGGGCCGCGCCGGAGGGGUCGGAAUGCGAAGGGGGCCCGGUAUGGACGGAUGGACCGGUGGAGGGGAGGGGUG